AUGGGAAGCGCAGCAGCAAAUCUGCUUGGCAGACAAUUGAAAGAAAUUCAAAAGGCAAAAGAUUUACCUGGCAUAAGCUGUGGGCUUGUGAAGGAUAAUAUUUUUGAAUGGGAUGUUAUGCUCAUGUUGAGUGACGAGUGCAAAUACUAUGGCGGCGGCAACUGGCGCUGUCUUCUCUCUUUUCCCGAAAACUAUCCACAUGCACCUCCAACGCUUACCUUUUGCGAUCCAAUUCCAUUCCAUCCAAAUAUCUACGCGGAUACAGGCGUUCUCUGUAUAUCCAUUUUACAUCCAUCGGGAACAGAUGACUUUGGAUACGAAGAUGCAAGCGAACGAUGGACCCCAAUUCAAACACCAGAAACUAUCUUGUUAAGCGUGGUCAGUCUUAUGAAUGAUCCAAAUGAUAGUAGUCCAGCAAAUGUGGACGCGGCAAAGAUGUGGAGGGAAGCACAAGCAAAUCCCAAGGGCAAAGAGAUGAGAGAGUGGAAGUCAAGAUGCAGGGCAUUAGUCAGACAGAGCUUGGGGGACUAAUGCAGGAUGUUUUCUUCCUUUUUGAGGAGACGGUCGGUUACAAUUUGAAUUAAGAAUGUUGUUGAGAGAUUGAUAUCUGAAAGUCUCGGAGGAAGUAAUUUGUCUAUUCAGGAGUUUCAUCUACGAUUGUAGCACAACAUGGGGGUUGAUGUCGAUUGGAGCGUUGCAUGCUCUAUAUCUUUCGUAAAAACAUGGCAUAGCGCGAGGGGACGAGGAGCGUAUUAAUAUCCAAAUCUUUUGGAGAAUUUAUACCCGUGAACUAUCACUGAUACUGGGAAAGAAAAAAAAAGUCUAUCAUACUCCUUUGAGUCAAAGUUAUCGAUUGGUGUGUAGCUUAUCUGGUUGUUCAUGACUGUAUACACAGCACCAGAUAUUAUGACUCGGUGAUCUUUGAUAUUCUGGACUCAAAAUCAAUUGUUAAGAAUGAAUCUUCUUGGAAAAGGAUAAUUAGAGGUGAAAGCCGAAGAUUAGUACUGACUAUUAUAUGAUCGACACUUGUCGGGUACUCUUAUUGAAGUGUCUGUCUUCCUUGUUAGACCUGUAAGGGCAACUACUAUUAAGGUACUCUGAUGGAUUCUUAGCUCUACAAAGUUUUGGAAACUUACCAAUAUUCUCCAAAUCCAUGUAAAGUCCCAUAUUUCAUACUUCCAUUUAGCUAGUCUCUCAUGAGAAGGCACCC